AGUCCAUCCCGGAUUCUGCCAUUUCCGUACACCAUGGAUACUCUUCUUUUCUCCCCUUCUUCUUCUUCAGCUUAUCCUUCUCUCAAGGCUCCCACUCUGUUGCCUCGAAAUGGCUUCUGGGGAUCACGAAGCCUUUUCUCUGAUUUUCCGAAUGUAUGCUCUUCCUUCCGCACUCUCAAUCUACCGACUGGAUUCGCAAGAAAAUCCGCAAUUGUCGCGGCGAAGAAAACCAAUACUAACAAGGACGACAGCCACCGUUCUGUUCCCAAACCUGAUGAGACUACCGGCUUCUUCCCUGAAGCUGUUCUGCUUAAGGAGAAAAGAGUUGCUGAAGAUGGUCAAUUUCUCCCCGAAUUUGCUGAUGCGGAAGAAGAAAAGCUUUAUGAAUAUUUGAACCUUCAGUUGGAAAGUGAAUCGAAAGUUCUACAAAUGCGUCACUAUGAGGUAGUCUUCUUAAUUCACGAGAAGAACGCAGAAGAGGUUGAGAGUGUAAAUGAGAAAGUUCAAGGUUUUAUAAGGGAGAAGAAAGGGAAGAUAUGGAGACUGAGUGACUGGGGAAUGCGAAGGUUGGCUUACAAGAUAAAGAAAGCCAAUUAUGCACAUUACAUAUUGAUGAAUUUUGAACUGGAGGCCAAAUGGAUUAAUGAAUUUAAGAGCAUGUUAGAUAUGGAUGAAAGAGUAAUUCGACAUCUUGUGAUUAAGAGGGAUGCUGCUAUCACUGAAGAUUGCCCUCCACCUCCCGAGUUUCAUACCCUUCGUGCAGGAGAUGACUACAGUGAAGAAGAAGAGGAAGAGGACAUGGAUGAUUAUGAUAGUGAGGAUUCACUGGAUUGGGAUGGUGAAGAUGAGUUGGAUGAUUAUGGUGAUGAUAUUGAAGAUGGGAUUAUUAUUGUCGACGAUGACGAUGACAGCGGAAGUAAGGCCAUCAAAUCUGCUGCAGGUAACAGAGGCUUGAGAAAUGGAACUAAAAAAUAAAUGGAUAGUGUCGAUUUGGCAGUAGAAGUUGAGGUGAGUUUCUUGUAAUGAGGUUUGUUUUAAUAAAUGGAUAGGCGAAUUGCGUUAGAUUUGUCCUUAUCUUAUCACGUAAUGGCACAUGAUUGAUACCAUCUGCAUUCGCUUCGGAGUGGGCCGUGAAGGCAUUGAGCUAAUUCUACGAUUCUGUGAUGGAGUUUUGCUUCACUUCAGGUAUUAAGUUACUGAAACUGCCAUUAUUUUCCCUGAA